UGUGGAUAGUAAGGGGUCCCGCACGCCUGGAGGAGAGGGUCUGUGUCAAGAGCGGCGGGGGCUGCAGGAGGCGAGAGAGACGGAUGCCUGGCCACCAUGGGGUGCAUGUCGGCUGCAGUGUCUCAGGUUCAUUGAAGACUGAGGCAUAAACAUUGGAUCCAGACUCCCUGAUUGAUAGAGGCUGGCACUGUCUUCCCCACGAUGACAGAGGUGGUAGCUGAGGUGGCUGAGAUGCCAACACAGAUGUCGCCAGGGGCAAUGGAGAUGUCAACACCAGUGUUAGGGGAGAUGACAGAGAUAUCAACAGAGGUGACUGAGAUGACACCUGGGGAGGCUCUUGCCUCAUCUCUCUUCUUCCAGCACCACCAGUUCAUGUGCUCUGAGUGUGGCAGCCUCUACAACACACUGGAGGAAGUCCUCUCACACCAGGAGCAGCAUGUGCCCACUGUCACAGAGGAGGAGGCACUGACCACCCAGGAUGCUGGCCUGGAUCCGGAGCUAGUGCCAGGCACUGAAAAUGGGCCUUUCCAAUGUGGUGAGUGCAGCCAGCUCAUCCUCUCCCCCAGUGAGCUCCUGGCUCACCAGGAUGCCCACCUCCGGGAGUCUGCAAGCCAGAUCCAGUACCAGUGCGGGGACUGCCAGGAGCUCUUCCCCUCGCCUGAGCUGUGGGUGGCUCAUCGCAAGGCCCAGCACCUUUCUGCUGCAGCAGCUGAACCACCAGUGCUGCCGCCUCUGCCUCCCCCGACACCACCACUGCCACCCACUGCUCCACUCGAAGUCAAGAUGGAGCCCUAUGAGUGUCCUGAGUGCUCUACCCUCUGUGCCACCCCUGAGGAGUUCUUGGAGCAUCAAGGCACCCACUUUGACUCCCUAGAGAAAGAAGAGCGCAACGGGCUAGAGGAGGAGGAAGAUGAGGAGGAAGAUGAAGAUGAUGAUGAAGAGACAGAGGAGGAGGAGGCAGCAGAAGAGGAUGGUAGUGAUGCUAUGGGAGGCGACAAGUCCACAGCCAGCAGGGCCCAGGGCUGUGGGGAUUGUCCCCAACACUGGACCUCAGCAGGGGCGCGCCGGCGACACAGGCGGGCAUCCCGGGGCCCAGCAUCAGCGGCCCACCCCUUCCACUGCAGCCAGUGCCAGCGCAGCUUCAGCUCAGCAAACCGUCUGCUGGCUCAUGGGCGGGCCCAUGUUGGUGGCACACACGAGUGUACAACCUGCUCCAAGGUGUUCAAGAAAGCAGCCUCACUGGAGCAGCACCUGCGGCUGCACCGCGGUGAAGCCCGCUACCUCUGUGUGGACUGUGGCCGUGGCUUCAGCACAGAACUCACGUUGGUGGCCCACCGGCGGGCCCACACUGCCAACCCAUUGCAUCGCUGCCGCUGCGGUAAAACAUUCAGCAACAUGACCAAGUUCCUCUAUCACCGGCGCACCCAUGCUGGCAAGAGUGGGGCGCCCCCUGCAGCAGCAGCCUCCCCAGCUCCAGCUGAGCCCACACCCCCACCACCGCCCCCUGCCCCACCUGCCCAGCUGCCUUGCCCACAGUGCUCAAAGUCCUUUACCUCGGCCUCCCGGCUCUCCCGGCACCGGCGCGCGGUCCAUGGGCCCCCUGAGCGGCGGCACCGCUGCGGUGUUUGCGGCAAGGGCUUCAAGAAGCUGGUCCAUGUGCGCAACCACCUGCGGACGCACACCGGCGAGAGGCCCUUCCAGUGCCACUCAUGUGGCAAGACCUUUGCUUCUCUGGCCAAUCUCAGCCGCCACCAGCUGACCCACACAGGAGUGCGGCCCUACCAAUGCCUGGACUGUGGCAAGCGCUUCACACAGAGCUCCAACCUGCAGCAACACCGGAGGCUGCACCUGCGGCCAGUCGCCUUCGCCCGCGCACCCCGCCUCCCCAUCACCGGUCUUUACAACAAGAGCCCCUACUACUGCGGGACCUGCGGCCGCUGGUUCCGCGCCAUGGCAGGCCUGCGGCUGCAUCAGCGGGUCCAUGCCCGAGCACGGACAAUGACGCUGCAGCCACCCAGAUCACCGCCUCCCGCCCCGCCCCCGCCCCCCGAGCCUCAGCAGACUAUCAUGUGCACAGAGCUCGGGGAGACCAUCGCCAUCAUUGAGACAUCCCAGCCACUGGCACUUGAGGACACACUGCAGCUGUGCCAGGCAGCACUGGGGGCCAGUGAAGCAAGCGGGCUGUUGCAGUUGGACACGGCCUUUGUGUGACCCAGCUGAAGAGCAACAAUAAAAGAGUUUGGUUGCAACAGCAAGUGUGGGCACCUCUGGGGAAAAGGGGGACUGCUCCAUGGCAAGCCUCUCUGGUGCCCACCGGUGCCAGGAUCCACCCUGGCCUCUUACCCACUGGCUCCUCAGAACAGUUUCUCUUGUCAUCUUUCUCUGCCUGAGGGGAAACAGAAGCUCUGAGAUGCAGUAUGAUCUGUCCCAGGUCACCCCGCUGCAUUGCAAAAGUGGGGUUUGCCAAGGCUCUUUGCUCUCAUCACCUUGGUCCCCAGCAACAUCAGGUAACCUUUCCUGAGCCCUGACCGUGUGCCAGGUCCUUGCUGGGCAUUGUCACAUACCUCUUCAAGUCCUUGCUUGUCCCCCGGCCCUAGCCUUCCCUCGACUCUGGGCACCCAGGACUCGGCUCUCCCUGGUGGAGGAGGGCACUUGACUUCUCUGGGCUUCCUUAAUCUCACUUUUGACAAUGUGGAAGGAAAGCUAUAGGUACCCAGGUGCUCGGCUGCAGACUGAGUGAUGCUGGACGCCCAGGAAUGAGUCAAACACCAGCUCUGCCCCAGAAGGCACGCAGUGGGGUAGGAGGAACACAAGUAUAGAUGGCCUUGCUCUCUA